CAGCUGCCUGGCGCAGAACAACGGAGAGAAGCUGGCUGAGACUGUCGCUCCAACUCUGCACUCGACGGAGGACUGUUAGGAUGGGAAAUAGCGCAUUGAAAGCCCACCUGGAGACAGCGCAGAAAACCGGCGUGUUUCAGCUGACGGGAAAGGGACUUACAGAGUUUCCUGAAGAUCUGCAGAAGUUAACAAGCAACUUAAGGACCAUAGACUUGUCGAACAACAAAAUAGAACUCUUGCCACCACUCAUAGGAAAAUUUUCCUUUUUGAAGAGCCUUGUUCUAAACAACAACAAACUGACUGCUUUACCUGAGGAGCUGUGUAAACUGAAAAAACUGGAAACACUACACUUGAACUGCAAUCACUUGAGGCAGCUACCGGCCGCGUUUGGACAACUUUCAGCUCUCAAAACCCUGAGCCUUUCUGGAAACCAGCUUCGGACUGUGCCUACACAGCUCUGUGGUCUUCGCCACUUGGAUGUGGUAGAUCUUUCCAAAAACCAGAUCCAGAACGUACCCGACACUGUGGGAGAAUUGCAGGCUCUUGAGCUCAAUUUGAAUCAGAAUCAGAUUUCCCAGAUCUCGGUGCAGAUCUCCCACUGUCCACGCCUCAAGGUCUUGCGUUUAGAAGAAAACUGUCUAGAACUCAGCAUGCUUCCUCAAAGUAUCCUCAGCGAUUCCCAGAUCUCACUGCUUGCAGUAGAAGGUAACCUCUUUGAAAUCAAGAAGCUCAGAGAACUGGAUGGUUAUGACAAGUACAUGGAACGAUUUACAGCUACAAAGAAGAAAUUUGCAUGA